UCCUCUUCUAUCAAUUAAUAAAUGGAUCAAUCAACACAUAUUUUAUAAAUGUGUAAAAGAAUAUGUACAAUUCAAUAAAUAUCUACAGAGCAUUUAAUCUGUAUCAAGCCCCGUGCCCAUGUGGAAGAGAUACAACAAUUAACGAGAAUUGACUGCCUCAUUGAAUUUACAGUCUGCCCAAAACCAACCAGUAAACAAGUAAUUGCAAUGGUGAUCCAAAUGAAAUGUCUUUAAAAGUUAAAUGGAAUUAAUACAAAGUUCACAAGGGUGGUGAUUCCCAGGCUUUCUCGAAAUGUACCUCAUUUUCUGGCACACUUACCACUGAAGGUGAAUUCUCCUUUUAACAAGAAGAAAAUUCUGGUGGAGAGCUACCCAACAAGGAAAGGACGUGUGGCUGUUACGGUAGUAACAUUUAACAAAACCAUGGCCAUGGAGGAAAUUAAACUCACACAGAAUGUCCAUAAUGAGGCUCUGAGUGCUGAUGUUUCAGACAAGAAGAAGGGAGGCAAAUUCCAGCCUUUUAAGAAGUUGUUUGGCAAAAGGAAAAAGAAAGACACUUCGAUUUCCCAGGAGGCGGAGGCAGGAAGGAAGAGCCACGCUCCCCAGAGCGUCAGCAAUGGCACCUUCUCUUCGGAUGAGGAGACCCUGGAGGACAGCCUAAGGUCCUUCAACUAUUCUAUGGGAGCCCGGGCGUUUUCCCAUGACAGUAUUUUUAUCCCUGAUGGGGGAGCAGAAAGUGAGCAGACAGUUCAAGCAAUGUCACAGGACAACAUCCUGGGCAAAGUCAAAACUCUUCAGCGACAGUUGGGCAAGAACAUCAAGUUUGGGCAGCCGCCGCCCAGUGCCACUCCCAUGAAGAGGGCAGACAGCGGGGAGGCCGGCCUAGAAGGGGACCCGCUCCUGGCCAGUCCCACGGAACCUGUGACUCAGCAGGACCUCAUCCUCCCAGACGCCGAGAACAAAUCUAGUGACACACCAAGUUCUCCGAGUCCUCCGAAUCCGCCCGGAGCCAGAAGUGAGAUGGAAGAGAAGGCAGCUCCAGCUAAACCUUCUCGGCCAAAAAGGCACUUCUCUUCUGCUGGCACCAUCGAAAGUGUCAACCUGGAUGCCAUCCCCUUGGCCAUCGCUCGCUUGGACAACAGUGCCGCCAAGCACAAACUGUCCGUUAAGCCAAAAAACCAGAGGGUGUCAAAGAAGCACAGGCGACUUGGACUUGCCGGGGCUCGACUAAAUGAACAAGGAGGCCUUCCGAGCCAGCUGUCCCUGGACCAGAACGGACACCCUGGAGAAGACAAGCUGAUGUGGCACGAAGAGGAGCCGGAGCCUCUGGACGCCGAGGAGAAGAGAUGCCAGGAAGAAUACUGGCGAGAACUGGAGGCCAAGUGCAAGCGGCAGAAGGCGGAGGCAGCCGAGAGGAGACGCCUGGAGGAGCAGAGGCUCCGGGCCCUGGAGCAGCGGCUUUGGGAAGAGAACCGCAGGCAGGAGCUCCUGGAGGAGGAAGGAGAAGAACAAGAGGAAGAGGAGGGAGAAACACAGCCAGUGGCAGGGAAGAGGCAGUGCACAGAGGAAAGGCGGAGGCUGGACGAGCAAGGUAGCCCAGCCCCAGAGUGCAGGGAGCCAGCGGAAGGCGGGCCCCAGGAAGCUGGAGAGCAGGAGACCCCGGAGGAAGAGGCUGAGCGGCUGCAGAGCCUCGCGCACCAGGAGCUGGAGGCGCGGAGCAGACAGGAGGCAGAGAAGCGGCGGCAGGAAGCAGAGGAGAGAGAGUUGAAGGAACUCAGGAGACUGGAGGAGCUGGAGGAGCAGAGGCGGCGGGAAGCGGAGAAGCAGCGGUUGGAGGAAGAGGAGAGGAAGAAGCGGGAGGAGGAGGAACAGAGGCUGCGGAAGGAGGAGGAGGAGAGGAAGAGGCGGGAAGAGGAGGAACAGAGGCUGCAGAAGGAGGAGGAGGAGAGGAAGAGGCGGGAAGAGGAGGAACAGAGGCUGCGGGAGGAGGAGGAGAGGAAGAGGCGGGAGGAGGAGGAUCAGAGGCAGCGGGAGGAAGAAGAGAACCGGAGGAAGGAGCUCAGAAGGCAGGAAGAGGAGGAGGCAGCAAGGAGAAGGGAAGAGCUGAGAAAAAGGCAGGAGGAAGUGGAGGCGCAGCGGCGGCGGGAAGCGGAAAGGGAGCCUCAGGGAGCACGGAGAGGGGAGGAGAGUGGGCUGGGGGCGGACGACAGGAGCCCGCUUCAGACGGCCUGUGCAGGGGAACCAGAGCUCCUGAAGCCGGACAAGCAAAGAGAGAACGCCGAGGCACCAAGGGCCUGCGGGAAGCAGAGUCCCGAGGCUGAGCCCCCCGGAGAGCCGCAGGCGCAGCGGGGGGAUGCUCGCGGGAAGGAUGGGUGUGCGGGCCCGGAAGAGAGAGGCGAAGCCCGAACACCCCCUCCCCAGAAACCAGGGGCGUGCGGGGGCGAGGCGCCGGCCCGGGACAGAGACCGCAGGGUGGAGGAGCUGAGGUGGCAGGAGGUGGAGGAGCGGCAGACCAUGCCCCGGCCCUACACUUUCCAGGUGUCCUCGGGAGGCAAACAGAUUCUCUUCCCCAAAGUCAACCUGAGCCCCGUGACGCCCACGAAAGACGCGGGACUGGCCUCGGCUCCCCACCAGCCAAAGGGCCCCCGGGCCAGCCCGGCCCCCCACGCCCUGCCCUCGUCGCUGAGCAUCCCCCACACGGCCAUCCUGGUCACGGGGGCCCAGCUGUGCGGCCCCGCCGUCAACCUGACCCAGAUCAAGGACACGGCGUGCAAGUCUCUGCUGGGCUUGUCGGAGGAAAAGAAGCACGGGGACGCCCCCACCCUGGACCACCCACCCCGCGCCCCGGCCGACCCCCGGACUGGCGGCGGCGGGAAGGCCAGGCCCCCCCAGGAGUCGGCGAGCAGCGCGGCUGCCCUGGCCGAGUGGGCGUCCAUUCGGUCCCGCAUCCUGAAGAGCGCGGAGGGCGACCCGCGCGGCAAGAGAGACCAGCCCCCGCCUGGGGAUGAGCCCGCGCCCCGGGGCCGCAGUGACUCCCGGGGGACCCUCCAGAAGACCCCGCCAGGAAACGCCAAGUUCUCGAUCAUGCCUGCCUGGCAGAAGUUCUCGGAUGGGGGCGCAGAGACCUCCAAACAGAGCGCGGGAGCUGAAAGCACGAGAAAAAGGCCCGGGCUGGGAGCCAGCGACCAGACAGCGCCCCCGCCCCUGGCUGCUGAGAGCGAUGAGCCCCAGAAAGGCCCAGAGAAUGUGGGGGCGUGCCAGGAGCCAGCAGACACCACCGAGGGCUGCAAAUUUGCCAAAGACCUUCCAUCCUUCCUUGUUCCGAGCCCUCCGUACCCUCCGCAGAAAGCGGUGGCCCAGGCGGAGCCCGUGACCGCGUCGGGCAGUGAGACCGCCAGUGGCGCAGGAAAGCCGGACGCCGCGUUGACAGGUGGGGAGGAAAAAGCCUCCUCACCUUUUGGAAUAAAGUUGAGAAGGACCAACUACUCCUUGCGCUUCCACUGCGACCAGCAGGCAGAGCAGAAGAAGAAAAAGAGGAACAGCAGCGCUGGGGACAGUGCAGAGGGGGGGCCGCCGGCACCAGCGUGCACGGAUGGAGAGAAGGCGGCAGAGGGUGCACCGGCCCUUAAGCGUGGCCCAUCCCUCCCCGCAGAGAGCAAGCAAGGCCCCGGCAGCUGGAAGGACUCUGCCGUAAGCCCUUCCAGCCCCCCUCCCACAGCCCAGCCUGGACCCUCACCGGUCAGCAGCCAGACCCCGGCCCCGGAGCACACCAAGGCAGCAAACAGAAUGCCGAUGGCGCAGAAGCCAGCCCUGGCGCCCAAGCCCUCCGGUCAGACGCCACCGACCUCCCCGCUUUGCAAGCUGAGCAGGCCCUACCUGGUAGAGCUGCUGGCUCGGCGGCCGGGGAAGCCUGACCCGGAGCCCAGCGAGCUGUGCAAGGAAGGCCAGGAGCGCCGUGAGCCUGGGCCACGCUCGCCACCACCUCCCAGGAGGGAAGAGAAGGAAGAGGUGGAAGCAGAGAGGAAAGCUGCUGCCCCUGCUCUGUCUGCAGCCCCACAGGAGAAGCCUCCCCAAACGCCCGAGGCCGGGAGGAAAGAAAAGCCGGUGCUUCAGAGCAGACACUCUUUAGAUGGCUCCAAACUUGUGGAGAAAGUUGAAACUGCGCAGCCACUGUGGAUAACGUUAGCCCUGCAAAAGCAGAAGGGGUUUCGGGAGCAGCAAGCGACUCGAGAGGAGAGGAAGCAAGCGAGGGAGGCCAAACAGGCAGAAAAGCUCUCCAAGGACAACGUCAGUGUCAGUCCACAGCCAGGAAGCAGCAGUGUCAGCAGAGCUGGAUCCCUGCUCAAGUCCAUGGCUCAUCCAGAAGACAAGAAGCCGGAGACAGCAGGGUCCAGGCUUGAGCGCAGAGAGCAGCUGAAAAAGGCCAACACCCUUCCCACAUCUGUGACAGUGGAGAUCUCUGAUUCGCCUCCCCCAGCGCCACUGGUGAAAGAAGUCACAAAGAGGUUUUCCACCCCAGAUGCUGCUCCCGUGUCAACAGAACCAGCCUGGCUGGCUUUGGCCAAAAGGAAAGCCAAGGCCUGGAGCGACUGCCCACAGAUUAUUAAGUAAAGAGUGACUCUUCUCCAUUCCUAUUCCCAGUUA